CACGCACACACGCUGAUCCACACCAGGAUAUGUACUGAAUGCUGCUGUAAUAGCUAGGUUCUUGACUGGGAGACGGCAGGAGAAUGGCGUUGAGAAACACAUCAGCCGUGACGGAAUGGGCCCAAUUAGUUAUUUCUGCUCCGAUAUGGGGUUAUGAAUUUCAUGGGAUGAGGAAAAUGAGUGAGGAUUACAUUCAUUGGCUUUCUGGGAAAAGUGGAAGUUGGUUUCAUGAGGUGUUGGCGAUCACCCGGGACACAGCCCGAGGUGAAUAUAUUGUUUGUGGUACGAAAUCCUGCCGACCUCUCCUCCUUCAGAUUGGAUCCAAUCAGGCCAAUAAGCAAGCACUGCAAAACAGCAACCAUCCCGAGGCUGCCGAAAUAUUAAAAUAAAACAAAGAUAUUAAAGGACAUUAAAUUAACUACACGCUUGAAACACAAGGGAUCAAAGCUGAUUAAACAAAACUUUCAACCAGCUCUCUGCAGAAUUUCUAAUGCAUCAGACUGGAACCGCCUGGUUUCCGCUUCCUCUCCCUCAGUGAAUCCGGAACCAGCGCAGAGCCUGAUCCUUGGAGGAGAGACCGAUCGGAUCUGCAGAGGGAUCCACACACGGAGAGAUCCGGAGAGGGAGCAGGAACCGGGAUCAGAGCUGGGAUAAGGUGCAGGGGCCGGGGCCGAGCCCGAGUCCCCACCCCGGUGCCGCCACCAUGGCCGAUAAGCCGCACCGCUCCGGCCCGGGAAGCGCUACGGCUAGACCCGUUCACAUGAACCUGUUCGCAACCUGGGACAUCGACCGCUCCUCACCCAGCUGUGUGCCCAGGUUGUUCAGUCUCACGUUGAAAAAGCUGUUGGUGUUAAAGGAAUUGGACAAGGAUGUGAGCUCCGUGGUCAUUGGAGUCAAGCUGCAGGGCUCGAAACGGGUUCUUCGAUCGAAUGAGAUUCCGCUCCCAACUGGGGGCCUCAUGGAGACUGAGCUGCAGCUCACCUUUUCCCUGCAGUAUCCCCACUUCCUGAAGAGAGACGCCAACCGGCUCCAGAUCGUCCUACAGCGAAGGAAACGUUACAAAAACAGGACCAUCCUGGGCUACAAGACCCUUGCCAUCGGCCUCCUCAACAUGGCAGAGGUGAUGCAGCACCCCAGUGAGGGGGGACAGGUACUCGGUCUCCAUAGUAACGUCAAGGAGGCCUCUGUGCUGGUGGCUGAGGUGAGGAUUUACUCGCUGUCCAGCCAGCCCAUUGACCACGAGGGACCCAAGCUGAAGAUGUCAGAUCGAUCGCCUGACAUCGACAAUUUCUCAGAGGAUGAAGAUGACAGCUUUUCAUCUGAGCAGGAAGUUAGCGAUGACCCGUUACAGGGACAGGAUUUGUAUUUUGAUGAUGAGUUGGUUGGGAAGCGGAAGAAGGUGAGACGGAAGUUGCCGAACUCCGCUGCAAUUUCUCGUGGAGGGAUCAGCAACCAACAAAAUAUCAAACAGAAAUUUGUGGCUUUGCUCAAGAGAUUCCGAGUGUCGGACGAGGUGUUAGCUUUGGAGCACGUAUCUACGGAGCAGAUCCAGGAGGUAGAGGAGGACCUGGACUUGUUGUACGAUAGUUUGGAAUUGUAUAACCCAAGUGACAGUGGUCCUGAGAUGGAGGAGACCGAGAGCGUGCUCAGCACGCCAAAACCCAAACUGAAGCCAUUUUUUGAAGGGGUAUCCCAGUCCAGCUCGCAGACUGAGAUUGGGAGCGUGAACAGCAAAGGCAGCCUCAGUAAGGAGUUAGCCAGCCCGCUCGAAUCAUUGCCGUCAGACACACUGUGGACAUUUCGUACGAAACUUCAGGAGGAGAUGCUGCCCGAACCCGAGACCACGGUAACUGUAUCGCUAACAUAUUCCUCCAUCUUCUCUCGGCAUGUGGCCAUCGCUGGCUGGGCCCAGUAUUUAUUACCCCCAUCCCUAAUUGCCCCCUUGAGAAGGUCGGGGGGAACCGCCUUCUUGAACCUCUGCAGUCCGUGUGCUGUGGGUUGACCCACACUGCCCCUU